AUGGCGACGUUCAGGAUCUGCAAAUACAUCUAUCUGCACAAAAACAUGCCAACUGCACAGGGACUGGUCAGCAGCGGCAUUGACCGCGACGCGUCCGAAUGGACCAAAUACCCACACUCGCCCCUUCAGCUCUCCAUUGAUACCACCCCCACCGGGGGCGCGAAAAUCUCCCUCAAAUACGAAAACACCUCUGUGGAGCAUCUCGACAUAGACGAGAUUGACGAGCGGUUCGGAUCCAUCUACGGAACAAACAACCCGCCGUUGGUGGCCAGUUGUAAACAGCCAGGAAUUGGCUUCAAGUACUUGGUGAAGAGAUUCCAUACCAUGGUGAGUGUGCAACGAGGAGUCGUUUCUGAAUAA